UUCCCAGACACACAGACAUGUGCAUAUUCAACUGUGCCUAUUUAACUAUUUUUCAGCUUGUGAAGAAAUAUGGAAACAUUCUGAGCAUGCAGCUAGGUGACUUGCCUGUAGUUGUUAUAACUGGAUUGCCCUUGAUCAAAGAAGUCCUUAUCGACCAGAACCAAGUCUUUGUGAACCGCCCUAUGACUCCUAUCCGAGAACGUAUCUUCAAGAACAAUGGAUUGAUCAUGUCCAGUGGCCAAACAUGGAAGGAGCAAAGAAGGUUCACCCUGGCGACCCUAAGGAACUUUGGUCUAGGAAGGAAGAGCUUAGAGGAACGCAUUCAGGAAGAAGCCCAUCACCUCAUCCAGGCGAUAGAAGAAGAGAAUGGACAGCCUUUCAACCCUCACUUCAAGAUGAACAGUGCAGUUUCCAAUAUUAUUUGCUCUAUCACCUUUGGGAAGCGCUUUGAGUACGAGGAUGAACAGUUUCAGGAAUUGCUGAGGUUGCUGGAUGACGUCACGUGUCUGGAGGCAUCAAUGAGAUGCCAGCUCUACAACAUCUGUCCAUGGAUUAUGAAAUUUCUUCCUGGACCUCAUCAAACACUCUUUAGCAACUGGGAGAAACUGAAAUUGUUCAUUGCUCAUAUGACUGAAAACCACAGGAGAGACUGGAAUCCUGCUGAACCAAGAGAUUUUAUUGACGCUUACCUUAAGGAAAUGGAAAAGAAUAGGGGCAAUGCUACUUCAAGUUUCCAUGAAGAAAACCUCAUCUAUAGCACCCUGGACCUCUUCUUUGCUGGAACCGAGACAACUUCAACAACACUGCGCUGGGGUCUGCUUUACUUGGCCCUCAACCCAGAAAUCCAAGAAAAAGUCCACGCUGAGAUCGACAGGGUGAUUGGCUGGUCACAGCUGCCAAGUAUAGCCACUCGAGAGUCCAUGCCCUAUACCAAUGCCGUCAUUCAUGAGGUGCAGAGAAUGGGAAACAUCAUCCCCCUGAAUGUGCCCAGGGAAGUGACAGGUGAUACCACGCUUGCUGGAUACUACCUGCCCAAGGGGACCAUGAUCCUGACCAAUCUGACUGCACUGCACAGGGACCCUGCAGAAUGGGCCACCCCCGACACUUUCAAUCCGGAGCAUUUCCUGGAGAAUGGACAGUUUAAGAAAAAGGAAACCUUUCUGCCUUUCUCAGUAGCUCUGCAGUCUCCUUAAAAAGCAGCAACCUCACAGCCGUGGGCCUGAGAAAACCAAGCACCAAGUAACCGCUGGAGGGAGUAGGACGGGUUUGGAGCACCAGACAGCUGUCACUAUUUGACCUAUCUGGCAGUUCCCUGAAAAGCCCCAUUCUCAGGGCUUGUCUUUAUUUGACCUGACUCAAAGUUGAGUCUGUGUGAACCACACUGUAAGGCAUUUGUUGAAAAACAUCGGUAACAAUUGUGCAACACACUGCAGUAACCAGGGUGGUGAUACCAGUUGGUGCUCACAAGAGGAUUAAAAGGGAAAACUGGGGAAGGAGAUGUCCAUGGGAGCUUCAAACAGCUCUAACAUAUUUCUGGGAAUCUAAAAGGCCAGGCACAUGUAAGGAUUGUGUGCCUGGCCAGGAAGGACCUGAGAAGGCCCUAAUCUCUCAUUCUGGCUAAACUUGAGGCUCUGCAGAAGCAGGAAAUUAAAGCUAAGACAGAGUUGUAAGCUACUUGCUAGUGUGUCCAAGAUGUAACCCAACUCAUAUGCAGAGCCCUGAGACAUUUACUGGUUCAAGGCACUUAAGGAAACCUCUGUCCAAACAUGACUGAACGCAGUACUAACAGAGCAGAGCAUCCAGUGGCUGCACAUGAUGGAGAAUAGAAAUUUUACAGAAUUCGUCCCAGAAAGUCACCAAACAAGAAGCAACAAAAACGACAACAGUAACAGUAACAGACCUGGGUGGUUCCUGAUUUCCAGAGUUUCCACAUCAUAUCAUUUAAAAUGUCAAAUUUUUAACAAACCAAUUAUGAACCAGGUAAAGAAAUAGCAAACUAUGGCCGACACACAGGAUACAAAGAAAACAACAGAAAUUCCCUGAGGACACCCAGACAUUGGAUUUAUGAUACAAAAAACGGGAUAAGCUAUUUUUUAA